CAUCUGAACCGCAUCCAUACGGCUCCAGAUCAGAUGUGGGAAAUAAGAAAUGUGUGCGGCUAGCUAACGUCUCACAGCUGCUGCCAGCGAGUGCAACGGCCGGAAAAGACGCGCGGUCCCCGGCUUACGGGACAACCGAACUGUCGGAGGAUUCCCCACACUUUAAGGAAGAAAGUUUACACUGCUCGCAGCCCCCUUUUUUGGACGUUACCCGACGACAAUGUCCUCGCCUCAAUAGCUGUCGUGGAGGGUCGAGGAUGGCUGCAGACGUGGAUAAAACAACCCCCGAGGAUGGGAGCAAGAUUUCGCCGCAGAACGCGCAUCGGGGUCCCGGCUCUGGAUCCUGGAUCUCCAAGGGGCUGUGGACUCUGCUUCUAGUCGGUGCUGUCCCUCUUCUCGCCUUUGGGAUCAAGUAUUACCAAGAUGCCCAGUUCCUCAAACGUCAUGAAGAGAGCGUUCGAACUCUGGGUGCCGAGGGGCUUUUUCUCUUCUCCUCCUUGGACACCGACCAUGACCUUUAUCUCAGUCCGGAGGAGUUUAAACCCAUCGCUGAGAAACUCACAGGAAUUACACCCCCGGUGGAUUUUGAGGAGGAAGUGACCCAUGACCCCAAUGGAGAGACUUUAACCUUGGAGGCUAAAAUGCAGCCUCUGCUGCUUGACUCCAUGACAAAAAGCAAGGAUGGUUUCCUCGGGGUGUCUCACAGCUCUCUGAGUGGGCUGCGCUCAUGGAAGAGCCCAGCAGUGCCUUCUUCUUCCUUCUCCGCCAGCCAGUUCAGGGCGUUCUUGCCCCCGAAGAACAAGGUGGAGGUGGGAGACACGUGGUGGGUGAUACCCAGCGAGCUCAACAUCUUCACCGGGUACCUGCCCAACAACCGUUACCACCCUCCCUCACCGAAGGGCAAAGAGGUUCUCAUCCACUCCUUGUUGAGUAUGUUCCACCCUCGGCCCUUCAUCAAAUCCCGUUUUGCUCCUCAGGGCACAGUCGCCUGCAUCCGUGCCAGCAACGACUUUUAUUAUGACAUCGUCUUCAGGAUUCAUGCAGAAUUCCAGCUCAACGAUGUUCCAGACUUUCCCUUCUGGUUCACCCCAGGGCAGUUCGCCGGCAACAUUAUCCUGUCUAAAGAUGCAUCUCAUGUCCGCCACUUUCACCUCUACGUCCCCAAUGACCGGUCUCUGAAUGUGGACAUGGAGUGGCUGUACGGCGCCAGUGAGAGCAGCAACAUGGAGGUGGACAUCGGAUACCUGCCACAGUUAGAGCUGCAGUCCACCGGCCCGUCCACUCCCUCAAUCAUCAUGGACGGGGAGGGCAACAUCAUCGACAGCCGAGACGGCAGCAGCGAGCCGAUCCAGUUCAUCUUUGAGGACAUCCACUGGACCUCAGAGCUCAGCCGUCAAGAAGCCGCUCGACGCCUGGAUGUCACCUUCUACCCCUUCAAGAGGGUGUCCUACCUGCCUUUUUCAGAGGCCUUUGAGCGCGCUGAAGCAGAAAAUAAACUGGUGCAUUCCAUUCUGCUUUGGGGAGCAUUAGACGACCAGUCCUGCUGAGGUUCGGGGCGAACUCUCCGGGAGACAGUCCUGGAAAGUUCGCCCGUCCUGGCCUUGCUCAACCAGAGCUUCAUAAGCAGCUGGUCUCUGGUCAGAGAGCUGGAGAACAUGCAGGCUGAUGAGCAGAACAAUGCGUUGAGCGAAAAGGCCCGACUACACCUGGAGAAGUACAACUUCCCUGUGGAGAUGAUGGUUGCACUCCCUAAUGGAACUAUUGUCCACCACAUCAAUGCCAACUUCUUCCUGGACCAGACAGCUAUGAAGCCAGAGGAGGAAGAAGCGGCUUUCAGCUUCUCUGGGGGAUUUGAGGACCCCUCCACAUCCACUUAUAUCAGCUUCUUGAAGGAGGGGUUGGAGAAAGCCAAGGAGUACCAGGCACAGUAAUUUGUUUGUGGAUGAAAUGAUAAUCAUUCCUCUGGAUAAUGAAACAAGAUAAGGAAACCCCUCCCAACAAUUAUGUGGAGAAGCUUUCUCAUCAGUGUUGGCAGCUGAAAAAUGUUUUUUGCCUUCUUUGUUACUAUUUAUUUGGGGCGUCUCUCUUGGUCAGAAAGUUUUUAUAUACAGCGUUUGUAUUGUGACUUAACAAUCCGUAUAAAUGAACUACAGGGAAAUACUGCUUCUCAAACCUAAUGUUACCGUCAGUACAGUAUAUUUUACUGAGAUACAAAUGCUUUGCACACUGACCAGUAACAGAUAAACACAUUUAAUCCGCUCUAUCUCUCUUGCUUGUAGCUGCAGGUUAAUGCUGAUAUCAAACGUAGACAGAGGGCAAUCCUAAGACAAAUCAUAAGUUCACCAUAACGAACCGAAACAUGCUACAUUUCGUUUUUUAUAUUCUACUUUUGCAUGUGCAAUAUUUAAUGACCGAGUGAGUUUUCCUGCCGCUGAGCGUACCCCCUGAGACGGAGCUGGUGCAGUUGUUGCCUUUUAGUUGUGUUUCAGCAGUUUGUGACGGCUUCGCCUCAAAGCUCUCUCUGGGCUGGGCGACGCCUGAUGUUAUUGCUGAAGCUGCUAGAGGGAACACCCUUCUCUGACUCAGGGGACCAAAAGCAGCAGGAAACACUAAACUAAACUGCGGCACAUAAAAGGAUUAUUUCAGUUGUUUUCUUGUAUUUCUGGUUUGAAAACCAAAUUGUAAUAUUUUGCAGAUUUUUUUUUUUUAAAGACGAUGUGACCACACCAAAGAACAUUGUUUUUCAUAUUUACAGGAGAAAUAAAUCCAAUAGGUUGCUUGCCACUUGGUUCAUAUUUAUAUAUUAUGUAUUGUUAUGUAACCAAAUGGUCAUAUGUUUAAAAAAAAAAUUUGAUUGUUGAACUGAGUGGCACAUGAUACCGUGUACUGUUGUUAUCCUCUUUUAGGCUCAAGUCAAAAUAAUGUCUUUGCUUAGACAAGAGGAAUGUUUUAAGAAAAAAAAAA